AUGAAUGCUCCCGUCGAAGCUCAAUCUAUAUCCUCGCUGAAUAAUUUGCUUGCAAACCCACCACGUUACCCGAGGAAUCCCACUCAUGAAGUCCAUGAAUCGCUUGUGCUCUACAUCGUUCGGGUUCCAGGCAGCAAAGAUGUGUUCCUCACGCCCCUGAAACCAGCGACCAAAGCCUCGAUAUCUAUCGAGGCUGUCCAGUCCAGUCUAUAUUUCCUUCAUGUUGAGAGGCCUGAAGAUAAGGAGCUGAAGAAAUCACUGGAAGCCGCACAGGCCACAGAGGAUCGCAGCCAUGAAGUCCCGCCAAUACAGAGGAAGCCUCUUCCCCCCACGCCUCAUGCGAAUUAUCCUGCUUCUCGGAGGCCACCGACUCCACCAAAGAGCUACCCUCAUUACCAGCCUCCCUUGCCAGAGUCGAAGACCGCGAAUCAAGCAGAGCGCUAUUCUGCGCGCGGCACUCAUCUCAGGCUGAACACCAGGGACAAUCUUAACGCUCCUCUGACUUCUGGCAAGCCUCUCGGCAGCCGCUUGAUGCCUUCAAAGGCGCUUGAUUGCGAUGAGAAUUCAUCUCCAAGCUCCAUUGACAAUGCGCAAACGCAAUUCGAACUCGCCAGGAAGCCACUUCAACCAGCGCUUUUGUCUGGUUCUCACGGACACAAUCGGUCAGAUAUUGAUCAGGAAUUUCCGUUCAGUGUCGACCUUGACCAUGGUUUGCAGCAUUCUAAUUUUCAGCCUCCAGGGUCUAUGGCCGCCAACCCGCAAUCUGGUACGCUGCGAAUCACGCUGAUUCGGAGAGACCCGGCUUCUGGUAGUCAAUGGAACGUCGGUAGCAUAGUUCAGCAAACUACAGAAGCACCUUUGCGAAAGGUUGAUAUUGAGCUCACCUCGCCAGGCUAUAACAAGUUCGUCCAGUUAGAAGCUGGUGGAGGCGUUGGGUUCCGCAGAAAGGUCGCUUACAUGCCUAGUGAUGACGGAUCAUCACUAACAAUGAGGAGAGGUUAUUCCACCGAGACUUUUUCGGGCGCUUCCCAAUCAGCCAGCCGCAGACCGAAGCAGACCUACGCUUUCAUCUCACCGUGGCAAGGAACGUGUGUUUUCGGCAAUGGCCUGGAUGGGAAAAGCCUAAGAUGUCGGCACUUCCUCCCAGGUGCAAAUCCGUCCAUGCCAGGGGUAAGUGCAGACAUUGCAGAACUACGCUUCAACCUGCCAUGGGCAUCACUUCGGUUGAAGGAUCCGAACAAGAAGCAGGCCAAUCAUCUUUCGGACUUGUCUAACGACACGUCUGUUACACGUCCGGAGGUUUCCUCCAACAAAGAACAGUGGAGGCGAAGCUUCCAAACUUUGACGCAUCGAGCUCGAAAACAGCUCUCGAUCAGUGACAACAACGGUUCCAUGGAGGAGUCAGCACAGUUCGACAAGCCAAGUGAACAGAAUCGGUUGAGCCUUGAUCUUGGACGUGAGAAGGCUGGAGGAGGUUUCAAAGGCCACAGUGCUAAGCUGGGCAAGCUCAUCAUCAAUGACGAGGGCUUGAAGAUGUGUGACCUGGUAGUGGCGGCUUGCAUGGGGGUCUGGUGGCAGCAUUAUGCGGGAGACAGAUCGUCUUAUUGA